UGGCAGAGGGUCAGACAGCACACAUCACACUGGUCCUAAAGGGUGCUAGCUCCACCAGACAGGUGCAGUGCUUCACCUUUCAUCCUGAUGAGAUUAAGGUUGCUCCUGGUGAUCCCUUCAUGCUGCUAGCCAACUCAGUCCAUGAACUCAAUCUUGGAGUGCGCCCCCGUGUGAAGGGAAACAAGUUCAUGUUCAUCAAUGUUGUCGACAUAGAGUACCAUGUGUUGGUUAGAUCUUGGUUGGUAUCAGUGAUAUGCAGAGCACCUUACAUCACCAAGUCAUUUGAGCUCCAGCUACCGGUGGGAGGAGGCAAGGGAUCAAAUAAGCGUAUCAGCUACACCACCGCUAUCCUCAAAGGAAAGUCUUCUUCGUCAGAUGUAAUAGAGAUGACUUGUUACAAUUCAAGGAAACCAGAAUAGAGAUCGGUGGAGGAGAAGCCUAUCCGCUUGGACUACGCUUUGCACCUUGCCACCAACCUGGCACCGCUGAGAUCCUCAUCUUCAUCAACAAUGAAGAUGAUAAGAAUGAAGAG